AUGCUUGAAAGUAUUCGGACUAAAUCUGCUCGUAUUCGUACUCGCACUCGUCCCUUGCGAAGUUUACUAUUUGAUCGUGCAGGAAUUACUCAACAUAAUUCAAUGCCGAGGACCCACUACUGGACACUCCUUGGAAUCUCUUCACCACGCCGUCGUCGCCGAGUCUUGGAGCCCAGAGGAGGAGGAGGAGGAGGAGGAGGAGGUAGGAGGAGGAGGAGGAGGAGGAGGAGGAGGAUAGAAGAUCUUGACAGCUCUGACGAUGAGAUCGAUGAUGAGGACGUAGAUGAGGAGGAGGAGGAGGUACAAGACCUUGACAGCUCUGACGAUGAGGACGUAGAGGAGGAGGAGGAGGAGGAGGAGGAAGAGAAAGAAAAAUUCGACAGCUAUGAUGAUGAGGAGGAGGAGGAGGUGGAAGAACUUGAUAACUCUGAUGAUGAUGAUAAUAACGAAGAGAAAGAGGAGGAGGAGGAGGAGGAGGAAGAACUGGACAGCUCGGACGAAGAUGAAAAAAUUUCUGGAACGGAAGAUCUCGAAACCACUGAGGAGGAGGUGGAGGAGGAGGAGGAGGAGAAUGAACUGGAACGCCAGCUGAACGAUGCGAAGAAAGACAUCGUGAGGCUUCAGAACCAAAUUUUGGAAAAGGAUCUUCUGAUCGAAAAGAAAGCAGCUGAGGAAACCGAAAUGAAGAGAAAAAUCGAAGCUCUGACCACCGAAAAUGAACAAAUACUCUAUGGAAUACGAAAGCACCAAGAAAAUUGUGAAGAGGCUUUAGGCGUAGUCGACAUCAUAGAAAACAUGAAUGACGAAUUGAUGGCUCAAAUAACGUCUCUGGAGAAUGAACUGAAACAGAAAGAUCACUUGUUGAUGAAGAGAGACGUUGAAGAAAGAGAACUUCGAAGUGUUUUCGAGCAAACGAUCGUUGAGAAAGACAGGGAACUGGACAGCACUUUGGAGAAGGCCAAUGAAGAGCGCCUCAGACUCACAAUAUUAGAAAAUCAGAUUUUGGACAUGAAAGAGGCCUAUUUAGAUCUCCAGCAACAACUAGAGCUCACUGAGGUUAAAAAGUCGAGGUUUGAGGAGCUGGCUACUUGCUACAAAGGUCAACUUGAAACGGCCCACAGAAAUGUAGCUCAGCUUGAAGACGAAAAUUAUGAGCUCGAGAAGAACCUCGAAAAUGAGACCCAGACAAACCUCAGCCUUCAGAAUGAGGUCCUGAUACUAAAUGACCGAGUUCAGUCGCUACAAUCAGCGUUGCGCCAUAAAGAAUCUCAACUGGUUUCAGCAACAGAAACUCUAAGCACUGAAAGAGCGAAAAAUGAGAUCACUGGUGCAGAACUUGAAGUCAUGAGGAAAUGGGUAUCACAAUUAGGAGGUGAGAAUGCCAAGAUUACAGAAGAAUUAGGAGAGGCAAUCUUGGCAAUUACUUCCCUGAAGAAAGAGUUAGGAGAAGAACUGGAGGAGGCCCAAAUCCUGAGGAAUGAAGUCCAGGCUAUGAGGAACUGGGUAACUGAAUUAGGAGGACAAAAUGCAAUGAUUAAAGAAGAUUUAGAAGAUAAGUGCCUGGGCAUUACUUUACUCUCGAAAGAAUUUGGAGACGAACAGAAGCAGACCCAAAUUCUGAGGGAUGAAGUCCAGGUAAUGAGGAACUGGGUCUCCGAAUUAGGAGGAGAAAACGCCACGGUCAAGGAAGCCUUAGAUGAAGCGCUCCUGGAAGUGACCGCACUCAAGAACUCUUUAGCAAACGAGGAAAAGAAUGCUCUCCAUCACAGGAGCGAAAUGGAGACCCUAUUGAAAGAAGAAAGGAAAAGAGGCAAUGAGAUGGAGACAUCCCUGAGAAUUGUAAAAGUUGAGCUCCACAGGAAGCAACAGCAGAUAGAGAAUUUUGUAAGUGCAGAACAAAAAUUGAUCUGUGAGAAACAAGAACUGGAAGACAAACUAGAAGUUGCCCUCAAUCAUGGAAAGGAGCUCGAAAGAGAGAGCAGUGAAAUGAAACUGCAUUACCAGGAGAAGCUCAGGGAUAAGGACACUGAAAAGGACAAGCUAAAAGAACGGGAGGAACAGCUGCAAAAAGAACUUGGAAAGUGCCAUGUACCAACAACAGAACUUGGAGUCUUCUUUAAAGCUUGCAGAAAGAGAUAUCUGCUCUUUGAAGAAGGCAGAAAACACAAACCUCCAAGAACUGGAACACCUUAG